AGGAGGGUUAACAUUACCAGAAGCUACUUGUGUUUAACAAUCCAGAGUCAGGAGUCUGCAGCAGCUUGUAAUGUGGGUGUUAGAGAAUCCUCCACAGGCUGUAAAAUGCAGACUGUGGUCGUAUAGCUUUGGCUACCAUUAGCUGGCAGAGGAAACGGGACCCUCCAUUUCACAGCACAGCCCUCUUCCCAUCGGCUGGUCUGCCUUGUUCCUGCAGCUCGCCCCUUCUUUGUGUUGCUGUUUUUAUUACCCUGCUUGAAGCCUCAAACGCACGAGCCCUGACUGAGAGCCAUGCUAGGUAGCUUUUUGGCUAGCUGUGGCUUCAAAGUAAGGGCAUCCGUUAGCCAGCAAGGCCUACAGAGGAGUGCAUAGAAGGCAGCCUUGAGCCUAUGGGCUGGAUCUGUGCCGUGCCGUGCUGAGCUGAGCUGAGCUGACCGCGGUAAACAUCUGUGGGGAGUGAAAACACGCGGGUGGAGCUCACCUUACGGACGCGGCGCUUCAGGAUGGCUUCAGCGGCGAACACUCGAUCUCCCACCGCAGAGAGCUCCAUCUUUAUCAGCUACCUGUCGGUGUUUUCCUCCCAGACGGCUCUGCUGCUGCUGUGUGCUCGGGCCGACCACAGCCACACUAUAGAGCAGCGGCGGAGUAGUUAGUUGUCACGUGGCCGGGGUCAGCCCCCUUCGGUUGUCCUGGCAACGAUGAAGACUCUCACGAGGGAUGCAAAGAACCGCGCGCCACUUUAAGCUCUCAUCCUCUGUUUGUUGACGGGCGGCGCCAUGACAGUUCACUAUGAGACACACACUUUAAAGGGUUGGCUGUGGUGAUGGGGCCCACUGAGAUAUCUCUGUCAGGGGGCCCAGAAUUCCUGGCGACGCCCCUGCCUCUUUGGAUGAUCACAGGUCACAUCUUUGCUGUUGGGACUUUCCAGUGACCAAAAAAUAAACGCCUUCGUACCCUUUAUAUGUUAAGCCCCACCCCUUUCACCUAGCAACCAUCUCUUUCCUGGACUCUGAUUGGAGGAAGCUUACGUCACUAAACAUGCUCAGCACGUUCGGUUGCAGCGCAGUGCUUGUUGAUGUAGCUGUCAGGAGUCAGACCACGCAGAGGAGCUAGCAGGUGGUCACAAUGCAGUUCCUGGGCCGGCUGUUGGACACAGUGUCCUCUGUGUCAACCCUCUUCACAAACCCCUACCGGGUCCGGGAUGUGCAGCUGGCUGACUACAGUGGAGGAGGCAAAGUCCGGCUGAAAGAGGAGGGACGCAUGGUCCUGUACAAAAACACUCAGUGUCAGUCAUGGGACUGUGUGCUUAUGGUUCCUGAGACACCUACUAUGGUUCUGAGGCUGUUUCAGGUGGGGUCAGAGGAGGACGCCAUGAACUGGUUCCCUCAGUACGCCCUCAAGCUCCGCCCCUUCUAUGAGACACUUCCUUUGAAGGCAGAGACCACUCAGCCAAUCGUGGACAGCAUCCGCAACCAUCAGGACUGGAGCUCCGCCCACAUUGCUGUGGAGACUGGCUUGAGAGAGUGCCUCAAACAUAACUAUGUGCAGAGUCAGAUCAACACUCGGGAUGCUUCAGGUCAGACGCCCCUGCACCUGGCGUGUGAGCGCGGUGAUGCCGCGUGUGUGACGGAGCUGCUCGAUGAAAGCCAAGCUCGCACUGACAUCAGAGACCGCAACGGGGAGACGCCGAUGCACUGUGCCGCCAAGCAGGACUCUACGGCUAUCAUCCAGGUUCUGUGCUCGCGGCUCUGCCCCGGGGUUAAUGAGCUCAACAACAACGGGGAGACGCCGAUUCAUGUGGCGUGCCGUCUGGGACGUGUGGAGUCUGUCAAAGCUCUCCUAGGGGGUGGGGCCAAGUGUGAUGUCAUUGGUGGCGCUGGGUACCCGAUACACAGUGCAAUGAAGUACAGCGAGAAGGGCUGUGUGGAGGAGAUCCUGAAAGCAGACUCGGGUCAGCUCCAGGCCGAGGACUCCUUGUAUGGAGGGACGCCGCUCCACUGGGCCAAAACAGCAGAGAUGUGUCGUUUGCUGCUUGAACACGGCUGUGCGGUGAACUACCUCAGUAAGACCGGAGAGAGCGCCCUCCACAUUCUGACCAAGAAGGGACGCUUCGAGGCCUCCAUGGUGCUGCUCACGCACGGAGCCAAUGCUAACCUGAAGGGCCAGGACGGAAACACGGCUCUGCACCUGGCUAUGAAGAUGGACCACAUGGAGCUGAUCAAGGCUCUGAUCGUGUUCGGGGCUGACGUGGAGAUCCAUAACGACCUUGGAGAAACCCCGGGACUCAUCGCUGCUCGCACCAGCAAAGGUCCGAAUAGAAAGAUACUGCUGGACAUGCUGUGUAGUGUAGGGGUCCAGCGCUGCCUCCCACCCUCCCCCGGCAGUCCUCCCCCAAUCUCCAACACGGUCAAGCCUGCAGGCAUAGGGUUUGAUGACAUCAUGUUUAUGGGGGCUGCAGUCAGUGCAAUGAGCAGAGGCACGUCUGAAGUGGACGGCACCAAAACAGGGAGAAAAACGAUGGACAGACUGUUGUGUCUGGACGGUGGAGGUAUCAAAGGCCUGGUGUUGAUCCAGAUGUUGAUCGCUCUGGAGAGAGAGGCCGGCCGACCCACCCGAGAGCUCUUCGACUGGGUCGCCGGCACCAGCACUGGAGGAAUCCUGGCUCUCGCUAUAAUUCAUGGUAAGUCCAUGGAGUACCUGCGCUGCCUGUACUUCAGGAUGAAGGAGCAGGUGUUCAAGGGGUCACGACCUUAUGAAUCAGCUCCACUGGAAGACUUCCUGAAGAAGGAGUUUGGAGAGAACACCAAGAUGACAGAUGUCCAGUACCCCAGGGUGAUGGUGACCAGCGUUCUAGCCGACAGACAUCCAGGAGAGCUGCACAUCUUUAGGAACUAUGACCCUCCUUCCAUCCACAGAGAGCCCCCAUAUGCUACCACUGCCACAUUCAAGCCCCUCACCAUCCCACAAGAACAAACAGUGUGGAGAGCCGCCCGCUCCAGUGGCGCCGCCCCCACCUACUUUCGACCAAUGGGACGCUUUCUGGAUGGAGGGCUGCUGGCCAACAACCCAACACUAGAUGCUAUGUCAGAAAUCCAUCAGUACAAUAAAGCCUUAAAAGCAGAGGGCAAAGAGAGGGAGGUGAAGAAGUUGGGUAUGGUGGUGUCCCUCGGCACAGGUAAACCUCCUCAGGUGGUGGUGAGCUCUGUGGAUGUUUUCCGACCCACCAACCCUCUGGAGCUGGCCAAGAGCUUCGUAGGAGCUAAAGAACUGGGCAAAAUGCUUGUGGACUGUUGUACAGACUCUGACGGCUGUGCAGUGGACAGAGCCAGUGCCUGGUGUGAGAUGAUCGACACCAUCUAUUACAGAUUGAGCCCCCAGCUAUCUCAGGAGGUGAUGCUGGAUGAGGUGAGUGACGCAGUCCUAGUGGACAUGCUGUGGGAAACCCAAAUGUAUCUGUACGAGAAGAGGGAAAACCUCCAAUCCCUGGCGAAGCUGCUACUGACCAACUGAAAGCACAAGAAAAACUCAAACAGAAGAAGCUGUGAAGAUGGGACCGUGGAAGCAGAAGCAAUGGAGAGUAUGAGUCCCAUGUGUGGAGUCAAAGCUGAGGAUGACUUGUCAAAGAGGCACAAAGCUUUAGAGAGCCAUGUGUAUAUAGAAGGCUGUAACAUCUGUGUUGGUGUGUUCUUUCCUGAAACUAUUUAAGGCAACGUGACAUCAGUAUGUUUCAUAAUCAUGCUAACAUGACAGUAGCAAUAUGUGAAACAAGACAGACAAAAUUACUGGCCUCUUGAAGGACUAGUUAAGUAGCAUUAUGUGACCUUAUCACUGACUCAAUGUUUUUAGUUCACCAUUUGUUCAUAAACUACUGAAGGACAGAGUGUAGAGAAGUGAUAUCAACCAAAUCAACUCACAGUAACACAGACUGACUAACACUGCUAGAUAACUUUCAACCUCCCCCUCCUCAUUCCUUCUUUUCCUGUUCUUCUUUUAGCUACAAGUAGCUUCAGAGACAUUAUCCACUCUUCCACAUGUACUGACUUCUUUGUGAGGCCGUGUAAUCAAAGGGACCCUGCAGGAAGAAUAGAAAAUCUCCUGCAGCACAGCUUGGAUGAUAGUGAUAAACGACAAACCAUGCUGCCUUAUGUAUGUGGGACCCAAAUUUGUACUUCCUGUCUCUACACACAUGUUCAUGCCUUCACUGUCUGAGUCAUUUAUACUGACAAUAUUUAAAGUAGCACAUAUUUUGCUUGCACACUGGACACUGUGUCACCUCAGUGUUUUUUUGUCUGUCAAAGUGUCUGAUACUCAUGCACUGUUAAAACGACUUAAACCUAGACUUGAAUUGUCAACUUACUUGAAAGACAGAGAACCAGAAGUUGCACUGCUACUUGCACAACAUAAACUGGAGGUUGCAAAUUAUUUCCUAUGUUUUUUGUAUUUGGUUUAAUUACUGAAGUGUAUACUGGUAUGGCAAUAAAAUAUAUUAAUAUGGUUUCAA